CGAUGUAUUGUUUUGGUUUGGAGCCGCAUAAUUUCGUAUGAUGUCGUCAAUACGCGUGUAUUUCAAUUUCUGGAUCUUUAAAUUCAUCGGUUGAAGUUAGUUAAGCAUGAUUCAAGUCGAUUGAAAACCUGGCAUUUGCCUGACAUUACCCAGUUUUAGUUUUAAAUAAAUCAUAUCAGAAUGUCGGACAACGAAGUGGAAAGUUUUGAAGUUACCGAUUAUGAUCUGGAUAAUGAAUUUAACAUCAAUCGACCCCGUGGAAGGAUAAGUAAAAAUCAAAGAAUUUAUGGGAUUUGGGCUGAUGAUGAAGAUGGCAGCGAUGAUGGUGAGCCAAUGGUUGGUUUCAAAGGGACUGGCAGGCAGCCCAAAAAUUAUACAGCUCCUGUUAGUUUUAUCGCUGGUGGUGUUCAGCAGGCUGGAAAGGAUAAAGCUAUCAAAGCAGAAAGUUCAAGCAAGAGUAGCAGCUCUCGCGAUUCGCCCAAAAGAAGAGAUUCCUCCAGUGAAGAAGAGUCACCAGCAUUCAGCACAUCAAAAUUAAUUGAUGCAGAAACGGCAGGCCUACGGAAGAAACGGGCUCCUACAAAUCCUACACUUAUGAAUCAAGGUAUUGGCAAUUGGGAGAAACAUAACAAAGGAAUCGGAGGCAAACUCAUGCUACAGAUGGGUUUCCAACCCGGCAAAGGUCUUGGUAAAAAUCUACAAGGUAUCCAAGCUCCCAUCGAAGCUCAGCUAAGGAAAGGCAGAGGGGCAAUUGGCGCAUAUGGACCAGAGAAAGCAGCCAAGAUAGCUGAAUUGAAGACUGAUAAAAGCAAGAAAGGUAAAGAUGGAGAAGUGGAAGAAAGAGUGUCUCAGUGGCGGAAGGAAGGAGAGGAAGGCAAGAAAGUCCGUUAUGUUUACAAAAGUGUGGAUGAAGUCUUGGAGCAAAGUAAACAGCCUGGAAAACCAAAACGAGAAUUUAAUGAAUUAAGUAAAGUAAAAGUUAUUGAUAUGACAGGACCCGAGCAAAGGAUUCUAUCUGGUUACCAUGCUAUUUCAGGAGUUCAACGACCAACAGACCAGUGGGAAAUACGGAAAGACAAGCAAUUCGUCAAUUUUUCUGUGCCGGAGCUCCAGCAUAAUCUCAACCUGCUUGUAGACAUGUGUGAACAGAGUAUCAUCGAAAAUGACAAAAAAAUGAGGUAUUCUGAAGAUAGGAUCGUAACAAUUGAGCAAGAGGUCACUAAGUUGGAUAAAAAGCUUGUGCAACAAGAAUCCAGUAUAGAGUCAUUAUCCAAAAUUCUGAAGACUAUCGAAACUUUUGUCGAAGCAGCAGAAAAGAAAGCCUUGACUGUGGAUCAAGCUGUAGCAUCACUGAAGCAGCUGCAGGAAAGCAAUAUGUCUGAUUAUCAAAUGUAUGAAGUAGCAACGUUGACGACGACAAUUCUCUUACCAGUAAUCAAAGAAAACUUAAAAACCUGGGAGCCAUUAGAAGAUCCCGAAGAACCUUUAGAAUUGUUCAAGAAAUGGAGAAGUUUAGUGGAAACGGAUAAAACGCACUAUUUGUCAGCGGCAGCCACUCAAGAUCCGUUUGCUGUUUUAUUAUGGGAGUCAUGGAUGCCGUCUGUUAGGACUGCUAUUGCCUCUUGGAACUGUCGAAACCCCAAUCCAAUGGUUGAAUUUUUAGAAGUUUGGGUACCGAUUUUACCACAAUGGAUCCUGGAUAACAUUCUCCAGCAGACAAUCCUGCCAAAGCUGCAACUAGAAGUUGAAAACUGGAAUCCCCUUACGGAUACCAUUCCGAUUCAUGUGUGGAUACACCCAUGGAUCAUAUUCCUGGAAAAACAUUUGUCCACCACGGUAUUCCCGAUCAUUCGGCAUAAAUUGAGUGUUGCCCUGGUCAAUUGGCAUCCGUCGGACACUUCUGCGAGACUCAUGUUAGAACCGUGGUCUAAAGCUUUCUCCAAGGGAGAAAUGGACGCUUUCCUAGUCAAUAACAUUGUUCCUAAGUUGAACGUAGCCCUCCAAGAAUUCAUUAUCAAUCCUCAUCAACAGCAUUUAGAUAAUUGGAAUUGGGUCAUGGAUUGGAAUAAAUUGAUACCUGCACCUAUCAUCGCAACAAUACUUGAUAAGUGCUUCUUCCCAAAGUGGCUUCAAGUACUGACGCUUUGGCUAAACAUGAAUCCAGACUACGACCAGGUCUCACGCUGGUACUCUGGGUGGAAAAACUUAGUGCCUGAAACCUUAAUGAAUGAACCAGUUGUUAAAGAACAUUUUAGGUCGGCUCUAGAAAUGAUGAGUAGAUCCGUAGGUGACGGGGGACCACCUUCACCACCGCCGCCACCUUCUCAGAACACCGCAACUUUCAAUCGACAUCAGAAUAUGGCCGAGUCAGUACGAACAACAUCGCAAGUUCCUCAAGGCUUCAGAGAGUUGGUUCAAAAACGUUGCGAAGAAAAAGGAAUCCUAUUCAUGCCGUUACCAAACAGGUUCAAGGACGGGAAACAAAUUUAUCGUGUUGGAAAUGUCAUGGUAUACAUCGAAAAGAACGUUCUGUUCGCUUGUAACAAUAAUAAUUUUUGGGUUCCAACAUCUUUGAACUCGUUGCUUGAUCAGGCAGGUUGAAACUAUCUUAUUUACUCCUACAUAAUGUAAUGAUUUUUUUCAAAAACUUGUAUGUAAAAUAUGUAUAUAAAUGUUAUAAAUAAUAGAAUCAUUUUUAAACAUGAUUUCUAAUAUGUGAUUAAACAUUUUUCUUGUAACUCA